GUCGGAAGAGACCAGUCUGUGGAUAUCAUCUUCAGGUAGCCUUCAGGCGAAAUUACGCUACUUCCGUUUUUGCGAGUGAUCGGCAGUGUGUUAGUGCCCCGAGUGCAAAUUUUCCAAAAAUUCUUCUUCGAUGUGAUACCUAAACAAGUGCGCGGUAAAUGGAUAGUGUGAAGUGACUUUGUGCUGUGCUUUCUUUUUGAGGAUUUAAGAUAACUUGCCCACAAUUGAGGGCACUAUGAUUACGAUGGAGUGCCAGCCAGGGGGUCAUGGGGGUCACCUGGGGCACUCCAUGAUGAUUGACCCCUCAACUGGUACGUUUCAUCAGCAGGAUCAGGAGCACAAAAAGAAAAAAGAUGGUGGUUCACAUGUCGGAUCGUCCAGUGGCGAUGGUCACGGCGGCGUCAAUCAACUGGGGGGCGUCUUUGUGAACGGCAGGCCGCUUCCCGACGUCGUGAGGCAGAGGAUCGUCGAGCUCGCACACAACGGCGUCCGUCCUUGCGAUAUAUCAAGGCAGCUUCGGGUCUCCCACGGAUGCGUAUCAAAAAUUCUCUCGAGAUAUUACGAGACCGGUAGCUUUAAAGCGGGCGUAAUCGGCGGAUCGAAACCAAAAGUAGCGACGCCACCUGUAGUCGACGCAAUCGCGAAUUACAAAAGGGAAAAUCCUACCAUGUUUGCCUGGGAGAUACGCGACAGAUUGCUCGCCGAAGGAAUUUGCUCUCAAGAUAACGUACCUAGUGUCUCGUCAAUAAAUAGGAUCGUAAGGAAUAAGGCGGCGGAGAAGGCGAAAACCGUCCAUCAGCAGGCGACGCUCGGCGGCGGCGGCAACGUGACGAACACGGGGACCGGCGGCCCCGUUUCGGUAAUCGCCCACGCGCCCGCGACGCAAUUAUCGGAACCAAGAACUGGAGCUUAUAGCAUCAACGGCAUCUUAGGACUACAGCACGACCCCAACGGCAAUAGCAUAAAGAGGAAAAGGAUCGACGAUCAUGAUGAAAAUAGAGAUAUUAACGGACAUCCGGAAGAUGACCUCAAAAGACAAAGAUCGCAAUACAAUGGCGACCAGCUCUAUUCGAAUUUGUGGUCAAGCAAGUGGGGGAUAAAGGAGGAGCACAAACUGCUCUCGGAAUUAGGCUCCGGUGGCACGUCAGGCCAAACGGGAUACUAUGACGGCCACACAGGAUUUCCCGGUGUUGGUCCUGUAAGCUCGGCCACCGAUUUAUACGACACUAUCAGCACCAUGAGCCAGGCGACGUCCCAAAACCUCUACACGCCACCACUCGGAGGAACUCUAGCUGAGAAUAGCUCGCCGUACAGUGGCGUAGUUGGGCUAGGCUCGGCGGUAGACGGUGCCUCGCCAGGCCUACCCCUCGCCGUACAAGCGGAACCGAACAGUCAGCCGGCCUCGCACACGGGUUCGCCGGAUCCGACGGCGCUAACCGUUUUGCAACCCUCGAACGGUGCGUCCCAGCACUAUUCUAUGUUACCCAGUUUCGGCUACUCGACAGGUGGCGGCACGGUGGUUUCGGGAUCGGAUUACGCGUACAGCACGGCGUACAGUCAGUACGGCGCGGCGUACGGAAGUUAUGGCUAUGGUAGCGCGUCGAGCGGGUUGCUGAAUUCGCCACCGUAUUACUACAGUAACGGCGAGGGUCCAAUUUUAAGCACCGUCUCGCAGUUCGCCGACCCGUCAAACGGCGAACAGAGCAGCCGUUCGCCGCUGGCGGCGACGCGGGCGAACUCGCUCGCCUCGGCGAACUCGCCGACCGACAGCGGAAGUGCGUGCCUAAAAAUUGAGGUUCUCUUCAGCGACGAGAUGAAUCUGCGAUAGACUAAACCCGGAACUGAUUGGGGGGAGGUUGUUAUAAAUUUAAAAAAAAAAAUUGUAUAAACGGGACACUGAGAGAAGAUUAAUUUUAAAUUGCGUGUAGAUAUACAGAUAGUUAGUACAUAUUAGCUAAUAAUUCCCAAAUAAAUUUAUAUUUUCUGGAAAACCGGAAAAACUUCUGGAUUAUAUGAAUAAUGGACAAGAGCAAUGGUCUCAUAAAAUACGAAACUUUCAUUUUUUUAUUUAUUACUCAACAUAAUAAUUUAAGAGAUGUGUUUUUUAUUCAUAGAUUUUAUAUUAUUUAGCUUUACGUUAAGGCACACCAAAGAAUGUUUUCUCAUAUAGUAAUUGCACAUUGUACUUCUGAUCAUAUCAUGGCACGGAUCCGUGUCAGAUUUCCUUGAUUCUAUCAUUUAUAUUGUUAAAGCCUAGCGCACACCAAAAUACGUAGGCGUUAAUUUUCGAAAUCUGUUAACUAGUCACAGUGAAGCGUACUCUUAAAUUUACUAAAGAAUGCAAGGGCGCCUGCACGGCCAGUAACUAAAUUCGCAAUAACUGUGGACGUGCAGGGGUCCUUGCGGUUAACGGCCCUCAAAGGGCGCCGAGUACGUGAAAGUAUUAUUUUUCAAUUUUUAUUUUGUAAAAUGUGUAAUAAUAUACCAAAGAGAUGGCCUACUUAUCAAGCUGUCACGGUAUGUAAGUAUUGUAUUGUAAAAUGUGAUAGGCCCAAAUGUUACAGGCCCCAUCUUGCCCUUUUCACUCCUGUCACAUUCACUCAUAGAUGUAGGCAGUUUCUAUUAGCAAAAAUAAUAAAAAGUUACAAUCAACCUUA